ACCAUUUUUCCUCUGGUUUUAGUAAUUCUGCAGGGUAUUGGCUUGCUAGAGCGGUCUUUUCCCCUACGUUCCCCGGGCUCAAAAUAUGAGGUAGAAGCCAGCAACCGGAAUUUCUACUGGAUUAAACAUCUCCAUCGCCGGCGAUUCUUCUUCCUCUUCCCUCCAAUUUUCAAAAUUAUGAACUAAUGCCGUUUUAUCAAAAUGGGCUUCUCUUCAAUUCAAUUACAAUCAACUUCAUCCUUCUCUUCCCCCAUCCUCUCGUUCCUAAUCGAAACCGGAAAUUACCCCAAAAUUCGCUUCAACAAUAUCAAACCAAAGCCCAGAACUCGGAUUCCAAUCCUCAGAGCCUCAUCUUCUUCAACAUUCAAAGAUAUAUGGAGAAGAAAAAUCCCAUCUGAAAAAUCAACCACAACCCCAUUUCCCCUAAAGUACCAACGCAGUGUGAGAAGGCAAAGAGAGUCCUCACAUUUAGACCACAGCGUCGACAUGGACGAGCUUCUAGCGUCAAUUGGGGAAACGAAGAACGAGCAAGAGCUGUACUCGGUUCUGUCACCAUACAAGGGGCGGCAGCUUUCAAUGCGGUUCAUGGUGUCGAUUCUGUCGCGAGAAUCAGAUUGGCAAAGGUCGCUUGCGAUUCUUGAUUGGAUCAACGAAGAAGCUCUUUACACUCCUUCGGUGUUCGCUUACAAUGUUGUUCUACGAAAUGUGUUGCGCGCUAAACAGUGGGAGCUUGCACAUGGGCUGUUCGACGAAAUGCGCCAAAGAGCUCUUGCAGCUGAUAGGUAUACUUAUUCGACCCUUAUCACUUAUUUUGGCAAAGAGGGUUUGUUUGAUGCUGCCCUUUCAUGGCUACAAAAAAUGGAGCAAGAUCGUGUGUCUGGGGACCUUGUUUUGUAUAGUAAUUUGAUUGAGCUUUCUCGUAAACUCUGUGAUUAUUCGAAGGCUAUUUCAAUUUUUUCGAGAUUGAAGAGAUCUGGGAUUACCCCAGAUAUUGUAGCCUAUAACUCUAUGAUAAACGUGUUUGGAAAAGCUAAGCUUUUUAGAGAGGCUCGUUUUUUGUUGAAAGAGAUGAGGGCUAUGGGUGUUGUGCCUGAUACUGUUAGCUACUCGACUUUGCUGAGUAUGUUUGUUGAGAAUGAAAAGUUUUUGGAGGCACUCUCUGUGUUUUCUGAGAUGACAGAGGUCAACUGCCCGCUUGAUCUUACAACUUGUAAUAUUAUGAUUGAUGUUUAUGGUCAGUUGGAUAUGGUGAAAGAAGCUGACCGGCUGUUUUGGAGCAUGAGGAAAAUGGGAAUUGAACCCAAUGUUGUGAGUUACAACACCAUUUUGAGGGUUUAUGGAGAGGCCGAGCUCUUCGGAGAAGCGAUACAUCUUUUCCGGUUGAUGCAGAGGAAGGAGAUCGAGCAAAACGUUGUGACAUAUAACACCAUGAUCAAGAUAUAUGGGUUGUCUUUGGAGCAUGAAAAAGCAACAAAUCUCGUACAAGAGAUGCAAAAUAGAAGGAUUGAACCGAAUGCUAUUACAUACUCGACAAUCAUUUCGAUAUGGGGAAAAGCAGGAAAGUUGGAGAGAGCUGCAAUGCUAUUUCAGAAGCUGAGAAGCUCUGGCACUGAGAUUGAUCAGGUCCUUUACCAGACUAUGAUUGUGGCCUAUGAGAAGGCAGGCUUGGUUGCUCAUGCCAAGCGUUUGCUUCAUGAGCUAAAGCAACCAGACAAUAUUCCAAGGAAGACAGCGAUUACCAUCCUCGCUAAAGCUGGUCGUAUCGAAGAAGCCACUUGGGUUUUUCGUCAGGCGUUUGAUGCUGGAGAGUUGAAGGAUAUAUCUGUCUUUGGGUGUAUGAUUGAUCUGUUUUCGAGGAACAGGAAGCACAAAAAUGUUGUGGAGGUAUUUGAGAAGAUGAGAAGUGUGGGGCAUUUCCCGGACCCUAAUGUUAUUGCUCUUGUCCUAAACGCUUAUGGGAAGCUAAGGGAUUUUGAUAAGGCUGAUGCUGUAUAUAUGGAGAUGCAAGAAGAGGGCUGUGUUUUUCCAGAUGAAGUGCACUUCCAAAUGCUCAGUCUCUACGGCGCAAGAAAGGAUUACAAGAGAUUAGAAUCAUUGUUCGAAAGGCUUGACUCCGAUCCCAAUAUCAAUAAGAAGGAAUUGCAUCUAGUCGUUGCUAGUACUUAUGAAAGAACUAAUAGAUUUAACGAUGCGUCUCGGAUUAUGAACAGGAUGAACGAAAUGGCGAUUUCAAGAACAUGACUCUGAAUUCUUCCUUCGUGUACAGUAAAGUUCUACUAACAAAUUAGUCAAUUAUUCUUUACGUAUUGAAUAUCAUUUGUAAAAUAUGUAUAUUGCCACACAAACUUGGUCAAUGAGGCAAAGUUGCUAUUGCUGAACCACACUUUUGUGAAUGAUAUUUCAUCUUUUGUCACGAAAA